AACAGAGGAGAGUUCUUACACCUGGCUUGAGGUCACCACCAUAUGCUGACUUCCCCUGAGGAGAAAAUCUUCUCUCUUCAUUUUUGGCUUCUAGAUCAGAGAACUGUGGAAUAUGGCUUGAUAUAUAUUAUGGUUUACCCAAAACAGUUUUUUCUCAAGAAAACUGAGAAAAGUUUAUUUUCCUCAUUAAAAAGAGAACAAAAACAGAGGACCCUAAAAGGGGAGAGGGUGGAAUUGAGACCAAGCCAUGAAGUUCUCUGCGUUUCUGGAAGGGCUAUGCUGCCCAAUAAGCCCCAGCAGAGCAUCUCUAUGGAGCUGCUGUGUCUGCUGGUGCCUUUCCCACCCUUCUCUGGGAAGAACUGGUGCCUGAAAGCACCCUGGCUUUCCAGAUCCCUGCUGGAGAAGCCCUGCCCUGGGGUGCUGAACCUACGGAACUGGAUUUGCUGUGACCUGUUCCUGCUGUCCUCCAGCCGGGGGGGUUCCCUGUCCCUGAUGUGCACCGUGCCCUGCACCGAGUGCACAGAAAGCACGGGGAAUAACCCAUAAAUUAAUAUUUCCUUUGCAAGCCUCGUGCCCAGGGGAGCUUGUUAAUGCUCCUUGAUGGAUCAGAAGAUGGUUCAGUGCUGCUGAGGCUGCGCUGUGCUCCUUUCUCCUCGGGCGGGGGACCCGGCAGUGCCACCGCGGGGUCCCGAGGGGUGGCGGGGGUGGCUUUUUUGGGCUUUUGCUCUAUUCCCGCUGGAGCCCAGCCCUGUUCCCACGCGGGGCUGCCCUCGAGGCGUUCCGCCCCGCCCCUUCAUGCAUAUUCACCUGGCUAAUCUGCAUAUGCAUGAGCGCCCUCGCCGUGCCGGACCGGGGGCGCUGCGGGAGCGGCGAGCGGGCUCCGGGCUCGGCAUGGGCAGCGCGGCCGCGCCGCUGCGGGUGCUGCUGGACAUGGACGGGGUCCUGGCCGACUUCGAGGGCGCCGUGCUGCGGGAAUUCCGCGCCCGCUUCCCGGAGGAGCCGCGCGUGGAGCUGGAGCAGCGCCGGGGCUUCUCGGUGCGGGAGCAGUACUGCAGCCUGCGGGAGGACCUGGCGGCCAAGGUAGCCAGUGUCUAUGAGUCACCUGGCUUCUUCCUAGGCUUGGAUCCAAUUCCAGGAGCCCUGGAAGCUGUGCAGGAGAUGCUCCACAUGCAGGAUACUGAGGUCUUCAUUUGCACGAGCCCUCUCCGGAAAUACGAGCACUGCAUUGUGGAAAAGUAUAAGUGGGUAGAGAAACACUUGGGACCCGAGUUUGUGGAGAGGAUUAUUCUGACCCGAGACAAGACCGUGGUGGCUGCUGACCUGCUGUUUGAUGACAAGGACACCAUCCAAGGCGCGGAGCCGAACCCGAGCUGGGAGCACAUCCUGUUCACCUGCUGCCACAACCGGCACCUCCAGCUGCCGGCCCCGCGCCGGCGCCUGCGCUCCUGGGCCGACGACUGGAAGGCCAUCCUGGAAAGCAAGCGCAGGCAGUAGUCCAGGAAGGGGAUGCUGUGCUCUUCCCACUGCCAGGAAACAACCAGCCCACCCCCUGCCAUGGCCAGGAGGCACUGUCACCGCAGGGAUCAGCCAUAGAAGAAAUGAGCUGUUCCUGUCAGAUACAGUGCUCUGAGUUUCUGGAAGAUUGCUCUGCACUCUUAAUCUCUGUAGUGUUUUGGAUAUUUGCUGUUGGAGAAGAGAAACUAUAAACUACA